CUGAGAGUCCCAGUCUGGCUCUGAAACACAGGGCGACAGAUCAGAUGUUGAACCCCUGCCUCCAGUACCCAGCUGCUCCACCAGGGACACUGGAUCACGGCGUCAGACAACCGUCCAGCUAAUGGGAUCCUCGGCAGGGUAUCGGUGUCUGGGCCGGCCUCCUCUGCCGGGCUGCGUCUCGGACCGGACUCACUCGCCUUAAGGAGCCGCAGCCGUGGACACCUGCCUGCGGGAGAUGGACCUUCAGGAUCAUUCGGAGGAGCUUCCUCUUCACGGGAGCUCGGAUGAGGAACCAGAGAGCCACAGGACCAAAUCGUCAGGUUGGCCGCCACCUUCAGGGACCUGGAACGCCUCGCAGGGACCGCCCAACGGAUGGGACGUGGGCUCCAAUAGAGAGGGGCGCGACUGCUACAUGAAUCACGUCUCUCAGAGCAACUCCCUGGAGGAGGUUCGUCUCGAUGGAGACAAGUUUGUGCCCCCAGCACCCCGGAAGGUGGAGAUGAGACGAGACCCGGUGCUGGGCUUUGGCUUCGUCGCAGGAAGUGAGAAACCAGUCGUGGUGCGUUCAGUGACCCCAGGGGGUCCCUCGGAAGGUAAGCUGAUCGCGGGGGACGAGAUCAUCAUGAUAAAUGAUGAGGCAGUCAGCACGGCGCCCAGGGAGAGGGUGAUCGACCUCGUCAGGAGCUGCAAGGAGUCCAUCCUGUUGACCGUGGUCCAGCCCUAUCCAUCGCCCAAAUCGGCCUUCAUCAGCGCCGCCAAAAAGGCCAAACUAAAGACCAAUCCCGUGAAAGUCCGCUUCGCCGAGGAGGUUAUCAUCAACGGCCAAGUCCCUGACACAGUGAAGGACAAUUCCCUCCUGUUCAUGCCAAACGUUCUGAAGGUGUACCUGGAGAACGGGCAGACCAAAUCAUUUAAGUUUGACAGCAACACAUCCAUUAAGGACGUGAUCCUGACGCUGCAAGAAAAGCUGUCCAUUAAAAGCAUUGAGCACUUCUCCCUCAUGCUGGAGCAGAGAGCCGAGGGAUCGGCCAGCAAACUCAUGCUGCUGCAUGAACAGGAAAUGCUAACUCAGGUGACCCAGAGGCCCGGCUCUCAUAAGAUGAAGUGCUUUUUCAGAAUAACUUUCGUCCCAAAGGAUCCUUUAGAACUGCUCAGGAGAGACGCCGUGGCGUUCGAGUACCUCUACGUCCAGAGUUGUAACGAUGUGGUGCUGGAGAGAUUCGGGUCAGAGCUGAAAUAUGACACGGCUCUCCGUCUGGCUGCCCUGCAAAUGUACAUUCUUACCAUCAACACCAAGCAGUCCCAGAAAGUUUCCCUCAAAUAUAUUGAGAAGGAGUGGGGCUUGGCGUUGUUCCUGCCUCCUGCUGUGCUGUCGAGCAUGAAGGAGAAGAACAUCAAAAAGGCUCUUACUCACAUCCUCAAAACCAACCAGAACCUGGUGCCACCGGGAAAAAAGCUCACGGCCUUGCAAGCAAAGGUCCAUUAUCUGAAGUAUCUGAGUGACCUGAGGCUGUACGGAGGCAGAGUCUUCAAGUCCACACUCAUACAAGGAGAAAAGCACACGGAGGUGACCUUGCUGGUGGGGCCCAAAUACGGCAUCAGUCAUGUGAUCAACACCAAAACAAAUCUGGUGGCACUUCUUGCCGACUUCAGCCACGUGAACAGGAUUGAGAUGUACACAGAGGACGAGAACCGAGUCCGGGUGGAGCUCCAUGUCCUGGAUGUGAAGCCCAUCACUCUCCUAAUGCAAUCUGUGGACGCCAUGAAUCUGGCCUGUCUGACCGCGGGCUACUACAGACUACUGGUGGACUCUCGGCGAUCCAUUUUCAACAUGUCAAAGACUGCAGAUGGCCAAGCCACAAAACUAAAGCAGAACUACCAACCCAUCGAGUGCACGUACAGCACCCCGCACAAGGGCUACGAAGACAGAACCAGCCAGAGGUGCAGUCAGGAAUUCUCGGACCAGGAGGGGGAAUAUCCCGACUGCGGGCGGUACGACGGCCAGUCUGUCUACAUCUCCGAGAUCCACCAGCCUCAGCACUCCAUUCAUAUGGCCAAGAGAGCAGACUGCUGUCGGGCUGCCUGCUCCCAAACGUACCUCAAUGUUCCACGAACCAAUCCCCAAGACUUUGCUAGCAGUGCAAAGGUCUCCUUCAUAUUUGGAGAUCCUUCUUUGGACACUGUAAACCCCCAGAAUCUGGGCUAUCAGAGACUGAUGGACGACAGCUCCGAGAUCAUUGACCAUCACAGCCCCAUGUACAGGCGUCUGGAGGAGGACUUCAAGAUGAUGGACGCCAUAGAGGACGGGUAUCCGUACUCCACUAAAAUCUUUGGUCCUGCCGAAUGCAUCGAGGAGCCGCUUCUGCACGACAUCUGCUACGCAGAGACCACGGACGACGCGGAGGACGAUGAUGACAUCAGCUGCGAGGAAGACCUGGUCAUGAGUGACAUCGAUAAGCCAACCUUGUUGUCGCUGUCUGGGUCGAGUGAUGACAUCAUCGACUUGACAUCACUUCCCCCGCCUCCGGAGGGUGCAGAUAACGAGGAGGACAACGAUGUCCUCCUGGAUUCUCUGAACUUGGCCAUCGCCGCCCCUCCCCCAGGAUUCAGGGACAGUUCCGACGAAGACGAGCAGCCGGGGGUCGGCAAACAAGGGCCCCAGGGGGCCUGCGACGUUAUCCCUGUGUCGCUCAUUGAUUCGGUGCCCACCCACCGUGCAGAGGGACCUGUGGAGCCGCUGGACACGGCAAUGGUGUCCACUUUGCAGGCUCUAGAAGCUCUUGCUGCGUCCGAAGACCAGAGCCCGGCACAGUCGGAGAGCAGCCCAGGUGUAGAAAUAUCAAGAGCAUUCAGUCCCGAGUCGUCAGAUUCUGGAAAUGAAACAAACUCGUCUGAGAUGACAGAGAGCUCAGAGCUGGCCGCCGCCCAGCGUCACUCCGAUAACCACCUGAGGAUGAGUUCCUGCAUGGCGGAGGGAUACCAAGGACACGAGGAGAGGUCGGAUGCCAGGAGCGAGCGUGGUGCCAAGACUGUUAAGCAGAACCAAGAGGACCCCAAAUCCUCUGCUGUCGCCCCGUCCCAGCUUUGCCACUCAGACGGUGGCGAGAUGGAACCGGAAACGAUGGAGAUCAAAUCAGUCAGUGAAUACUUCACGAAGAUGCACAUGAGCUCCAUGAUGAGUCGGCAGAGAGGGAAGCAGAGGGAGCCGGAGAGCAGGAUCCACCGAGACUCCUCAGACAGGUCACAUGGGACCUGUCAGGACAUGGCGAGAGAGGAACCGCCUCAUCUUGUCGGGAAGUAUAAUGCCUUCACUGUGAGAGACGCCUACUACAUGAACCAGCUGGAUUUGGGCCGAACUCACUUCAAAGAGAGACAUCAAAAAUGGCAGCAGCGAGAGCCGGUGAACAAAAUGGAGAGAGAGAAUCCUGCUCCAGAAUGUGUGAACGAGUCACAAGCUUCCCACACAAACAGGUUGACAGUGAGGGGGGAGAAGCAGGACUCGGAGGAUGGGAGCCAGCAGCUACAUGCACAUCUCCACUCCCCAGCCAAAGGACAAGCGCCCGCUGAGGCAGAUGACACCUCGCAACAGGAUGGCGAGCAGCAGAAAGUCCGAAUCCCCCACUCAGAUCAAGAGGCCACGCGGUUGUACGAUUAUCAUGUGAACAAACGUAUGUCAUCCAUCCAGAGUGAGGGCGUGCAUUCACUACAGAGCUCACAGUGCUCCUCCAUAGACGCCGGUUGUAGCACUGGCAGUAGCAGCUGUGUGACACCGAUGGACUCGCCCCUGUGCACCACCGACAACAUGCAUGUGCUGUCAGAGUCGUCGCUGAAGGGGCUGGCUUACGCCACGGCUGAGGAGAAGACAGGCAAAGCCGGCCACGUCAUCGACCCCACAUUGUUGAGGAAGAUCCACGCUGUCACCAGUGCCGAGCCGUCGAUGGCACGGGAAGGGACCCACAAAAAGAUGAAGGAAACCACAGCUUGGACACAGCUGAAGAAGGUUGGGGAAGAGUCAUCCUUAGCUCGCUGUAAUGAGACCACCGCCACAGCCAUGUCACCAUCCUCAUUACGAAGUAGCACACAGCCCAGCGGCCAAACAGUGGCUGGACCCGAGCCUGACCGACGAGGCAUAGACCUCCCCGCAAGCAAAUCUUCCUGUGAUCUCAUGGCCGGCAGCCUCAGGAGGCCUUGCAAGAGCCGCACUCUCAGGAGGACUUGGAGCACCAUCAUGCCAGGAACCAGAAGCCUGGAGUCACUGUUAGAUAAGACCAAAGCUACUCUAGCCGGGCGAGAAGAAGGUCAGAAAGUGUCAGCUAAAGAUGCCUCCAAAGUUCAGAAGAUAUUCUCUGCCAAGGCUUUAGCCCAGAGUUCAUUCCAAGCUUCGAUCACCUUUGACCCAUCAAGUGUGAGGCCGAGAGAGGGGCCUUCUGCUGCCCUGCCACAGUCGAGGUUGGACGGAGCUGAGCGUAGGCGCCAUAGGCCCUUCAAUUGCUGGUUCACACGGAGCAAAAAAAAUUCUGACGACAAAAGCAGAGAGCGAAAAUCCACCGUCCACAGCAGCGGGGAGGAAACGAGCGUGGCCGGAAAAGGUGCGGCGACCAGCGGCAUGAGCUUGGAAGACAGGCUGUCACGUGUUAACUCCAUGAAGGGGAAAACCUACAGCCUACAGACAGGAUUUGCACUUGCACAGAGCGAUGCCUUAGAGAUCAUGAACUUGGUGCGCUGCAGUGUCGUGCCCAGGGGUCAGGGGUCAGGGGUCGACGAAGACGUCACGCAGCUGCUCAUCUCACAGGCCAAAAUGUUGAGCAACUCCUGCAGUCAGAUGGCUGUGGAGUAUCGAAGCCCGGAGGAGUUGCUGCUCACUCUGACGCACAGCUUCCACACACUCUGUUGCCUCGCACAAGCCUGCAUGUCACUUUUGGAAGGCCUGGGCGUGGAGAGCGAGCGGCGCCAGGCGGUCGCCAUGGUGGACGAGGUGGUCGUCAACUAUGUGUGUCUGCUGAAAGCUGCAGAAGAGGCUGCAGUGGUGUCCCCCAGCGAUCAGAGUGUGAGCGCCUUGACUCGCCACUCAGCCACCACGUCCACUAUUCUAAACUCACUCACUCACUUUGUGACAACGAUGCUCAGCAAAUAAGCAGUUUGGUUCGGUGUACUGAUCUGAAAGCCAUAUAACAGAGGUGAGUGUAAACUACAAUGCAAAUGGCAGCCGGAAAAAACAAUGCCUUGUGUACACUAUAUUUUAUUUUGUAAAGGAGAAAUUUAUGAAAGUUUUAAGAAGAUUAUAUAAUAAUAAUCCUAUAACCCUCAGCCAAAAAUAUAACAACCAAUGUGUUAUUAUUCUUUUUCAUUUGUUGGAAGCAUCUUUGUUCACAAUAAAAGUGUAUAUUAUUGAGAGAGAUGUUCUGCUCAUUGCACAGUAAAUACUCUUAAAGUUACUUACUGUAUAACACUGUGUACACUUUGUUAUUUUGUCAUUACAGAGAUAAAACGUUUUGAAACAUCAUCAGC